AUGACAAAGAAGAGAACAUUGAAAAAUAGCUUGGAUGCUGGCCUGAAAUCACUUCAGCAGCCACAUUCUGCCAAUAUCAACCAGAGUGAUGUGAAACCAUUGCUUUCGCUCGAAAGCACCACAAUGAGCAAGAAACGUAAAAUAAAGGAGGAUACAACCAGACCAGGGAAGCAUAGUCCUGACCAAAAGUGCGUGAUGUUCCACAAUGGAAAUUCAUCAGUGGCAACAACAGCUGCCAUUGAGAAUGUUCCCGUAGCAAGGGAUAACUCUACGAGCAAUAACGCCAUACCUAUUCCUCCGUUGAGUAAUAUAAGAAAUGUUGGCAGAGACAACAGAGACAAAAGACGAAGAGGUCCUGGUCAUGCGCCUAAUAAUGCAUCUACGUCGUUAAAAGACCGGGCGAAAUUGCUCUAUCAAAGCCGCAAAGAGCUGCCAAUUUUUCCCCAUGCAGAUGAGAUCCGCAAAAGCCUCCAACGCAAUAACGUCACGUUGCUCGUUGGUGAGACUGGCAGCGGGAAGAGUACGCAGGUGCCGCAGUUUUUGGUUGAUGAGAAUUGGGCACGCCCCAAAAGCGUCAAAGUUCCUGCUUUAGCGACCAAAAAAAGAGGAGCGCCGGUUGAGGGCGAGUCAGAAAUUUCAGGGAUGAAUGGCAGUGAUCUAUUGGAGAAAAAGACCGUUAUGACGGAUAUCACGGUUGGUGGAUGCAUUGCCAUCACCCAACCCAGGCGUGUCGCUGCCGUCUCCCUGGCGAGGCGCGUUGCGGAGGAAAUGGGCACUCCACUGGGAAAUUCCCACCCUGCGAGUAAAGUUGGAUACUCGGUGCGGUUUGAUUCUUCAACAUCGCCUAAUACAAGGGUAAAGUUUUUGACGGAGGGGAUGUUGCUUCAAGAGAUGUUGACGGAUCCUUGGUUGACGAAAUACAGCGCAGUGAUUGUCGAUGAAGUGCACGAGCGGGGGGUUAAUGUCGAUCUUAUUUUGGGGUUUCUGAAGAAUAUGGUUUCCGGGAAAAACGAGGGAAGGGGUGGAUUGCCGCUGAAAGUGGUUGUUAUGAGUGCCACAGCGGAUAUGGAAAGCUUGAUAGGGUUCUUUGGAGAAGGGUUGAAGAAGAAUCAGGAAGAGAAACAUCUAACGGGCUCUGAAUGGAGUGGGAUAUCAAAGGAACAUGGAAUUUCGGAAAGUGGCAAGGUGAAUAAGAAUAGCGACAUUCCUGACCACAACGGCCCAGCCCUGACAUCGUCGAACGCCGUCUCGGUCUGCCAUAUUAAGGGCCGCCAAUAUCCCGUCAAGGUUAUCUACUCUCCUGAGCCUGUUCACGAUUUUGUAGACGCAGCUCUCCAAACAAUCUUCCAGGUCCACAUGAAAGAACCGCUCCCAGGUGAUAUUCUGGUAUUCCUAACAGGACAAGAAACGGUAGAAUCUCUCGAAGCACUCGUCAACGAAUACGCCGUUGGGAUGGACCCAGCAUUGCCAAAAGUUCAAGUACUUCCCUUAUUCGCCGCUCUGCCGCAAGCGGCGCAGCAACGUGUCUUCAUCCCAGCUCCUCCGCGAACCCGCAAAAUCAUCCUUUCCACAAACAUCGCUGAGACGUCCGUCACUGUUUCCGGUGUCCGCUACGUCAUCGAUUGCGGGAAAGCCAAGAUGAAACAGUUCCGAACACGCCUGGGCUUAGAUUCGCUCCUCGUUAAGCCCAUAUCAAAAUCUGCAGCGAUUCAACGGAAAGGUCGUGCAGGGCGAGAGGCUCCAGGUCAAUGUUACAGGCUUUACACAGAAAAGGAUUACUUGGCACUACAAGAAGCGAACACACCCGAGAUCCUACGCUGUGACUUGAGUCAGGCGAUUUUGAAUAUGAAAGCAAGAGGCGUGAAUGACAUUGUUGGGUUCCCUUUCCUGACGCGUCCGUCCCGGGAAACCCUUGAGAAAGCGUUACUGCAGCUCUUCAGCAUCCAAGCACUGGACGAGACAGGGGAGAUCAGUGUGAUUGGCGAGAAAAUCGCUAAGCUCCCUCUCACCGCGCAGCUGGGUCGGGUCCUGCUCGCCAGCGCGGAACAAGGGCCUGACUGCUUACGCAAUGCCAUUGAUAUCAUCUCAUGUCUCAGUGUUGAGAAUAUUUUCCUGAAUACAACGUCUGAGGAGAAGAAGGGGGAGGCGGAAAAGGCACGACGGGACCUGUAUCGAAGAGAAGGGGAUCACCUGACGAUGCUUGCUACAGUACGGGCUUAUGUUGCUGAAACCUCCGAUCGGAAGGCAUGGGCAAAUAGGCAUCUCGUCUCAUAUCGGGCAAUGCAGGCGGUUAUGGACGUUCGAAAACAGCUCAUAGCGCAAUGUCGACAAACCAAACUCCUUCCAAACGACAAAGACGCCACCAGCGCCAUCAGCAAUAGUCAGACUAUCUCUUCAUCGGAAGAAGACCCUGUCCCGAUCUUGAAAUCCUUCCUCGCUGGCUUUGCUUCCAACACUGCUCGCCUCUUCCCUGAUGGCAGCUACAAAACCAUAGUUGGCAACCAGACUGUUGCCAUCCAUCCAUCGAGCGUGCUGUUCGGCCGUAAGGUCGAGGCAAUUAUGUAUGUUGAGUACGUGUUCACGAAUAGAAGUUACGCAAGGUGGGUGAGCGCUAUGCAGAUGGAUUGGGUUGGGGAGGCUUUGGGGGGAGGGUCAAUGGUUUGA